AUCAUGGCAAUGAGUUAAAGAUAAGAAAACCUGUGUAUAUUCCACUGAUAUUAAUACGUGUUUAACCACGACUGUAGACCUUAAAACUGUUGACAUGAAAGUUAUUGGGAUUAUUUUGCUUUUUGGAGGAGUAUGGAGCUGUCCAAAUGGGUGGAUAAGACACGAAUCGUCAUGUUACCAUUUCAGCCAUGACAUGGAACCCUGGACAGGGGCCGAUUAUAUGUGUAACAAGAUGGGUGGAAAACUGGUUGAAAUUGAGACUGCCGCAGAAAAUGCUGUGUUGAGGCCUAUUGUUGAUUCGAUGAAUCGAACUUAUUGGAUUGGUCUUAGCGAUGUUCAGGAAGAAGGUGUUUGGAUGUGGAUGUCCAGUCGAACUAAAUUGAGUACAACUGGAUUCGUUAGCUGGAACAAAGGAGAACCAAACAAUGGCCUUGGAAAUGAGAAUUGUGUGACAAUAAUCCAUGGUACAGGCGGAAAGUGGAACGAUUGGCAUUGUAUCGGAGAAACCUUCUAUAUUUGUGAACAAGAAGGGGAAACGGAUGGUAUUGUUGGAUAAUACGUAUGUCGUGUGUAAAGUCUGAUUUUACUUUAUUUCCUAACAAAGAAAUACAAAGUUAUGAGAA